AUGGCUAGUCUAGAGGCUUCGGCAGAGCAGCCUUACUAUGUCACUAUCGGCGAUGCGGCCUACGACGUGACGGAAUUUCUUCAAAGCCAUCCUGGCGGAGCGGACCUUGUGCUCAAGUAUGCCGGACACGACGUGACGAGUAUCCUCUCGACCCAUCUUCACACCCUCACUCCGAAGCGGCUUAUGAAAUCCUCAACGAGCACCUUGCUGGCUCAAUCGUGUCGCGACGGGGGCUGCGGGAAAAAAGCUGCCCUGAGCAAGGAGACGGACUUCAACCACGACUACACAACCCACAAGUUUCUCGAUCUGAACCGUCCUUUGUUUUCUCAAGUCUGGUUUGGCAGUUUCAGCAAAGACUUUUACCUUGACCAGGUCCCCUUUUCCUUGACACCCUGGUGGAUUGUCCCGACUUUCUGGAUGCUACCUGUCUCAUAUGGAGUGUAUAUUUCCCGCUCAGGUUUGAGCAGUGCCGUAGAGCAAGCCGGAUACUUGAUCUUCGGUUUCUUCCUCUGGAGCCUUAUCGAGUACACCCUUCACCGGUUUUUGCUCCACCUUGACAAUUAUAUCGCCAUAUCUCUUCACUUCCUGCUCCCCGGCAUCCACCAUUAUCUCCCCAUGGACAAAUACUGCCUAGUCAUGCCUCCAGUAGUCUUCAUCAUCCUGGCCAGUCCCUCUUGGAAGCUAGCCCAUUUUUUGCAUCAUCGGAACCUCCCUCUAUGGUACAAGCAGCUCAAGAAGUACCACCUUCAGCACCACUUCCUUGACUAUGAACUUGGAUUCGGCGUUACCACCCGCUUCUGGGACCAUGUAUUUGGUACUGAAUUCUAUGUGGCGCAAAAGGUCAAAUGA